GAGGACGCGAAGCCCCGCACGCGCGUCCAUCCACGACCGCAACGAUCUGCGCGCAUCAUCCCUGUCCACUUCUCCACCCACCCGUGUGCGCUGCUGCUGCUGCCAUCACAGGCAUUCCCAGGAGCCGCAGCAGCCUGCUCCUCAUCCUCAUCAUGGCGCCAGCCACCAGCAGCAGCUGCUGCUGACACAGCUCAGGCAAGCAUCCAUCCACGGACGCCUCUCCCAUUGAUGGGUAGGAGGAGCUAGUACCCCCACUUACACUAACCCUCUCCUCUUCCUCCUCUUCCAUUCCAUAUGUAACUGUAGUAAUUCUUGGCUGCACACGCACAACACAUUUCUCGGUUCUUGAGUUUCUUGGAACCGUAUGUAACUGUAUUCUACUCCUCGGUCCUCGCGAAAGCUGCUGCUGCUGCUAGCAAGCAACCUCCUCCUCCUCUUUUCAGUUUUGUCAUUUCUCUUGGUUCUUUCUUUCUGCGAGCAAAUUUUUACUCUGGGAAAAAAAUUAAUCCGGAUUGGGUUGUGUUGUGUUGUGUGGCAUUUUGAUGUGAGUGUGUGUGUGAUCAUGGUCACAAUGUCACAUCCCCUUUUGCUGCUCUUGCUUCUGCUGCUGCUGCUGCUGCUUCUUAUUCCUUCCUUUAAAGCUGUGAAGCCGGCGCGGAUCUUGCGGCGUGGCGGCGGCGGCGGCAAUGCGGAGGCGCGGCGGCGGGGAGGAGGGCGGCGGCGUGGUGGGUGCGGGGGCGGUGGUGAGGCGGCUGGACAGGAUCCGGAAGCGGGGCGCGCUGUCGUCGUCGGGCGGGUCGGGCGCGGCGAGGAAGCUCAGGUUCAGGGCGCCGGCGGUGCUGCUGCGGCGGCGGAGCGGGGCGGCGGCCAUGUCGGAGGCGUCGUCGCGGACCCGGGGCCGGCAUUGCCGCGCCCAAGCCGCGGCCGCGGCGGACGGGGCGCGGCCGGCGAGGAGGCUCGUGGGCGCGUUCUGGCAGAUGGACAAGGAGAGGCUGUUCGGCGAGGACGCCGCGGCGGCGGCGCCGCCGCCGCGCCGGAGCGGCCUGCUUCCUCGCAGCCGCGCGCCGACGGAGGUGUCCAAGGGGUCAAGAAGGAGCAGGAGCAAGAUCUUGGAGGCCGACGUGAAGGGGAGCUGGCACGGCGGCGGCCAUGGCCACUGGCUCUCCUCUACAGAUGUGAUGAGCAACGCCACAGCAAUGGAGAUUGUCACAUGCUCCCAAGAUGAUGUUUCAAGAUGUCCUCAAGAGAAAACAGUCAACCUUCAUGACCUGCAUAACAGCCUGAUUGCUUCUAAAGAACUUGUCAGAGUACUAGCACACAUUUGGGGGCCUGGAGAACUGAAUCCAUCAACCACUUCACUGAUUUCAGCACUACGCUCCGAGAUUGAUCUUGCCCGCUCUCAUGUGCGAAAGCUUAUCAAGGAACAAAAAUCAGAGGGCAUCGAGAGCUUAAAGAAGCAGCUUGUGCAAGAGAUGGAAUCCUGGAAGAGCAAGCAGAAGGAGAAGGUGGCAAAUGCUCUCCAAUAUAUAGUUUCAGAGCUGGACAGUGAGAAGAAGUCCAGGAGAAGAGCAGAGAGGAUAAACAAGAAGCUGGGGAUGGCAUUAGCCAACACCGAGGCCUCGUUGCAGGCGGCGACGAAGGAGCUUGAGAGGGAGAGAAAAUCCAAAGGCAGAGUGGAGAAGAUCUGCACCGAGCUCAUCAGAGGCAUCGGCGAAGACAAGGCUGAGGUGGAGGCACUGAAGAAGGAAACCGAGAAGGCUCAAGAAGAGCUUCAGAAAGAGCGGGAGAUGCUCCAGCUCGCAGACGAGUGGCGCGAGCAGCGGGUUCAGAUGAAGCUCUUGGAAGCACGGCUUCAGUUCGAGGAGAAAAACGCAGCCAUCAACCAGCUGCACGACGAGCUUCAGGCAUAUUUGGACACCAAGAAGGAGCAUGGACAGUCAAAUGAUCAAAUGACACUGCUCCGCGCAUCCGAAAACGGUAGGGAAAUUGCUGAUAACAUUCAGAAGAACAGCGGAGAGUGCGAUGAUGAGGAUGAAGACGAUGACGAUGACGACUCGGCAUCUGAAGGAAGUGACAUGCACUCGAUUGAGCUGAACGUCGAUGGCAACAGCAAGAGCUACACCUGGAGUUACACUCCAACCUCAAAGGACAGGAAGAGGAAUGCAUCAUUUUCACAGAGAGGGAUGGAUAGUGGUAGCUCCUGCGGCUUUGACAGAAAGUUUCAGGAAACGGGUGAAGAACUACUGGAAGGAGACUGGGCAGAAGGAUGCAGCAAUGGGAUGCUGAACUUUGAACACGAUGAGGAGAGGUACCUGGCAAUCAAGAAUCUCAGGGAGCAGAUGCUAGCUGGGUCUGGGUUCAUCGUGUCACAAGGUAGAGAACAUGCUGAAAGUGAGUUUUGUGGAUUGUAAGGUAAAUUAAACUGAUAAAAAAACAAGCUGAAAUUUGAAUGAUAGCGGUAAUCUGUAAUACCAACUUUGGUGAUAGAUCGAAUGGUUUACUCCAACUGGGUAUAUAUAGCCAAGAUUCUUCUGUGCUUGAAACAAA